GGAUUGCUCCAAACAAAUGAGCGAGAUUGGGUUAUACCCAAAACCCGACAUAUAAAGGGAACUCCACCUCACCCAAAACUUCCCAGCAGUUUUCCAUUUUCAGUAUUUUCACUCCUUCAAUAUUCCCAAAAUAUCAAUCAAAUACUGAAACAUUCAUGAAUCAAUUUUCCAAGAUUACCACUAAUACCCAUUUAAGAAAUAAGGUUGGAAGUUUGAGAAGAUAUGCCACUCAAAGCUUAAAGAUUGAUGGUGUUAAAGAUAUUAUAGCUGUUGCUUCUGGUAAAGGUGGUGUUGGCAAAUCAACUACUGCUGUGAAUUUGGCUGUUUCAUUAGCCAAUAAGUGUCAACUUAGUGUUGGAUUGCUUGAUGCUGAUGUAUAUGGACCAUCGAUCCCUACGAUGAUGAAACUACACGGAAAGCCUGAAGUAAGUGCAGGUAAUAAAAUGAUUCCUAUUGAAAACCAUGGAGUCAAGUGUAUCUCAAUGGGAUCUCUUGUUGAGAAAGAUGCUCCGAUUGUAUGGAGGGGUCCUAUGGUGAUGAAAGCUCUUGAACAAAUGACUAGAGGAGUUGAGUGGGGGGAGUUAGAUAUCCUUGUGGUGGAUAUGCCACCUGGCACCGGUGAUGCUCAGAUUUCCAUGUCACAGAGGCUGCAAUUAUCAGGAGCUUUGAUUGUAUCAACUCCUCAAGAUGUUGCAUUAAUGGAUGCUCGAAGAGGAGUCAAAAUGUUUUCCAAAGUCUCGGUUCCAAUAUUGGGGCUUAUAGAGAACAUGAGCUACUUCAAGUGUCCACACUGCACCAAACAUUCAUACAUUUUUGGAAAAGGUGGUGCCCGUAAAACAGCCGAUGAAAUGGGAUUGGGAUUUGUUGGCGAAAUUCCUUUGGAGGAGGAGAUCAGAAGCGGGUCUGAUGAAGGUGUCCCUGUGGUUGUAUCUCAUCCAAAUUCUGCCGUUUCAAAAGCAUAUGGUGAUGUAGCUCAGAAAAUUAUUAGCAGACUCCAUGAAUUAGCAUCUGACCGACAGUUUAGACCUGAAAUAACCCUUUAAAAAGCACCAUUUGUUUGACUACCAGUUGUCCUAAUGUUUCCAUAUUUAUAAUUUACGAUAUAUGAGAGGUGAACACAUAGCAGGCAUUUUAAAAGUAGUUGAAGCGAAUAAAUUUUGGGAAUUUUUGCCUUGCUGAACUUUUUGUAGUUAGAGAUUUGAACCUAUAAAUUACACUGAAAAGGUCCUAAUCAUAGGACAAGAUCAGUUCGGCAGUAUUGUUAUCU